CAAACCACGAUGUCUUGUAAACGUGACGGUCUCAAUUUUUCUGGAACAGUUUCCCGCAUACAAAUAUCAGUUCUUCUAACGAACAACUAUGGAGGUAGACGAGAAAGAAGACUCGAAAUCUUCAAAAAAUGAGGAAUCUGGAUAUCUCGAGAGACACUUCGGACCAGAGAUCGAAGAAGAUGUGCCCAUCUACAUAUUCGACGUCCAGCUUACCGAGAGGAAAUCCAGACUGGCCGUGAAAUUUACCACUAAAGAUGGUGGCAUCUUUGCUCAAUCGUUCGUCCCCAACACGGACUUCGACUACAUAAAAUGUAUAGCAGCCGCAGUGAUAGAGGUGAGGCCGAGGCGCAUGAAGCAUGAAGUCAUAAAGAUGAAGCUGAUGAAGCACGAGCAGCUCAACGAGUUCAAGGACGAUCCGCACGAGGCGCUGCCCUGCAUGAUCACCUCCGAGAAGUUCAUGGAGAAACUGCUCAACAUUUGCGACUACGAAGAGUUGGUGAUCCCCGACUACAUGUGCGUGUCGAUAACCGACUCCGUAACGGACAUCACCAAAUGCGUGCCUGUCGAGGUGUACAACAGGGCCAUAGAUAAGCCUUGGGAUGGAGGCUACAGAAACGUCAACACGGGAUCGGAGUUCCACCACGCCUUCUCCCAGACGGGGCCACGCCCUCCGCACAGAAGCCCUGAUCUGAUGAGCAGCAGAGACACCCAGACCAGCUGGUGCAGAAACAGGAAGCUAGACAUGCCGUACUCACAGGCGACCCAGAUGUACAAGGACGACGUCUUCGUGCCCUGCAUUACCGACCGUAUACUGACGCCACGCCCAUAUGAAACUUCCGAGGAACGCGAAAGACGAUUGGACAUCGAAACCAGGAUACGCACGAUCCAGAGGUACUACAGAGCUUGGAAAAUGAGAAAAUGCCUGAAGAUCUUACGGGCCGAGUACCGUGAACGCAAGGCCAGAGAACUGGCUAGAGAACAAGCCGAAUUGGAGGAAGACAGGCGUAGGAGGAGAAAAGACCUGAUCUGUCAGGUGUUUCCAAGGUCAAGGGCCGAUUUUGCAAUGAUGUACGCCAUAGCGGAGAAAUGGAAACAAGGGGAAAUAGCGAAAAUUAACGCUAUGUACUGUGGACCGGCUAAAAUUGCGGAGUUGGCCUUGCUUUCCGACAAAGAGGUGGAAAUUUUCAAGACCAUAGAAAAGUUACAGCAGGUCGUACACAGAGACGCUAUCAAGCAAAGGGAUCUGAAUCACCUCAAGAAACUAGGCGAACCAACGAAAUGGUACUGCCGCUACAAGUACCUACCAGUGGCUCUGGACUCGUUGGAAAACCAAAAAGCUAGGGAAAUAGAUGUUCUUUAUCAGAAAGUAGUAGACAGAAGCUUGUCAGAGCCCAAAAGAAUGGACGCCUUAUUCGAGUUAAAAUUAUCCCUUCGGAAUGAUAUUUGUGAGAUAGCAAUCGAACUCAACAAACUUAUCGAUAGAGCAUUGGGACUUCUUUCCAGGGGAUUCUCGAAUAAAAAAAUAGAGGCAUUGCAAAAGAGGAUAGACUCAGCCAUGCUGCAUCAUUUCAAGCAGAAAGAGUGUUUUGAGAUCUUAACUGCUAAACCGGAGAAGCUCAAGUUGGAAUACAUGACGAAGAAUCUCUUUGUUUGUCAACGUUGUGAAAAGAUGAAAACUUUAGAUUGCUUCAAAUUGGACGCGAGAACUAGAGAGGUUAGCAUUUGCAACUCCUGCAAAUGGUUUGAUAAGACUGUUGAACCUUGGGUAGACCUAUCGCCUUAUCACUUCAUACUUGACCAGAUAAGAAAGUCGGAAAGAUUCAACAAUUCCCCAUCUUCGGUGGCCUACAUUCUUCAAGAUAAAGAUAUCCAUUAUUUGGUGACGCAAAUUUGGCAUUCUCACUCUGCCAUUUCCGAAAACAAGGACUUAUACAAUUUACGAAUGGUGCGAUGGCAAAAAGAUGUUGAUUGGUCACCUUGGAACUGUAUUUUACUGACUCUUGAGGAAGGAAAGGCUCACGUUAAGGUCGAAAAUCUCGAAAAAGUAUAUGAAGAGGAAUUCCGGAACCAUAUUUUUAACAAACAUGCACUGGCAAAGUUGUAUUUCAAAGAACUUAUGUCUGUAGAGCGUCGAUUCAAAACAUUGUAUAAAGUCUCAUCUGUGGAUAAUCUUGAUCCCAAUGGAUAUAAUGAUUAUCGAAAAAUUUUCAGAAUUGAUCGUAGUAAACGUCUAUUUUUUUAGAUUAUUGGUUAUGUCGAUGACCAAAUUUUUUUGUAUAUAUAGAAUAUUAAAUUUGUAACAACCUUGCAAUUGCAAUUGAA